CACGGUCAGGGUAGAAGCAAGUCGUGCGGGGAGACAGGCACUGCUGCUGCUGCUCCAGCUUCAGCUCCAGCUGCUGUCUCCGCAGCCGCCAGCGCCGAGCCGGCGUCCAGAGCCGGGCGGGCAAGGCCGGGCGCGGAGCGGCGCGGGGAGCCAAGGACGCGCUCAUGGAGCACACACACGCCCACCUGGUCGCCAACAGCUCGCUACCCUGGUCCCCCAGCUCGGCCUGUGGCUUGGGCUUCGUACCCGUGAUCUACUACAGCCUCUUACUGUGCCUCGGUUUACCAGCAAAUAUCUUGACAGUGAUCAUUCUGUCUCAGCUGGUGGCUAGAAGGCAGAAGUCCUCCUACAAUUAUCUACUGGCCCUUGCUGCUGCCGACAUCCUCGUCCUCUUUUUCAUCGUGUUUGUGGACUUCCUGUUGGAGGAUUUCAUCUUGAACAUACAGAUGCCUCAGGUGCCCAACAAGGUCAUUGAGGUGCUUGAGUUCUCCUCCAUCCACACCUCCAUUUGGAUCACUGUUCCUUUAACCAUUGACAGGUAUAUCGCCGUCUGCCACCCACUGAAAUACCACACUGUCUCCUACCCAGCCCGCACCCGGAAAGUCAUUGUCAGUGUCUAUAUCACUUGCUUCUUGACCAGCAUUCCCUAUUACUGGUGGCCCAACAUCUGGACUAAGGACUACAUCAGUACCUCCAUGCACCACGUCCUCAUCUGGAUCCACUGCUUCACCGUGUAUCUGGUUCCCUGCUCCAUCUUCUUCAUCUUGAACUCUAUCAUUGUGUAUAAGCUCAGGAGGAAGAGCAAUUUCCGCCUCCGUGGCUAUUCCACAGGCAAGACCACUGCCAUCUUGUUCACCAUCACCUCCAUCUUUGCCACCCUCUGGGCCCCCCGCAUCAUCAUGAUUCUCUACCACCUCUACGGGGCACCCAUCCAGAACCCCUGGCUAGUGCACAUCAUUUCUGAUGUGGCCAACAUGCUGGCCCUUCUGAACACAGCCAUCAACUUCUUCCUCUACUGCUUCAUUAGCAAGCGAUUCCGCACCAUGGCAGCUGCCACACUCAAGGCCUUCUUCAAGUGCCAGAAGCAACCCGUACAGUUCUAUACCAACCAUAACUUUUCCAUAACCAGUAGCCCAUGGAUCUCACCAGCAAACUCACAUUGUAUCAAGAUGCUGGUAUAUCAGUAUGACAAAAAUGGGAAACCUAUAAAAGUGUCCCCAUGAUCCCGGAGGAUUGGCACCCAAUGCCUCUGUCUAAUCCAUUUCCAGGUGGGAGGGUUCCUAUCCU